AUGGCCGAUGUCGACUCGCGCAAAGAACGAUUUCAAGGACAGAGCUACGAGCAUGAAGACGAUGCCGCUUUGUACAAGCGUUACAUGAAGGUAGCAGCAACUUCCCAGAUGAAACAAGAGAGAGAUUCAGAUAAGCUUGACUCUCCAACAAGUAAAAUCAGCCUGGAAGACGCGGUCGAUAUAGUCGGAACAUGCGACAUGAUGUGCCCCGAGUUUGAGUCGCUGCAAAGAUACUUUGAACGAAACCUGGAUCACUACGAAAAGUCUCCAACAGGUGGCUACGACCGCAGCCUAAUGGUCAUGCAAUACGCACGAGCAGCAGCUGGCAACACUCUUCCCCCUUCGGAAGAUAUAAGACCACCGCCCAUCUUACGGGCAACCAUCGACUAUUUAUUUGAUAAAGUCAUGGUUGAACAUGGCAUAGAACCAACUCACAACUUUUUGUGGAACCGGACUCGAGCCGUUCGCAGCGACCUCACCCGCCAAAGGGAUCAUAGUCCUGACGCUAUCUACUGCCUGGAGAGAAUUGUUCGCUAUCAUAUUUUAGCUCUUCACCUGGUUUGCCGCGGUGAAGUGCAGGCCGAGACGAUGGAGAUCGAACAACUCAAGAAGACGCUCCAAAGUCUCAUGGAGGUAUAUCACGAUGCUCGGGUCCAGUAUACAUCUCCUCACGAGGCAGAGUUCCGAGCCUACUAUAUUUUGAUGCAUAUACGUAGCCGGCAUGCACCCUUUACCCUUCGAAGUCUUCCCCCGUCCAUCUACAAUUCUACAACGCUACAGUGGGCCCUCACGCUGCGCUUCACAUUGACCAGAAACACAAACGGAGCUGAUGAGCACAAUUCGGACGUGACACAGAUGGAGUACGCGGGAUUUUUCGAACUCCUCACGCAUCCCGAUACAUCGUAUCUUUCUGCAUGUCUCUUGGAAUCACAUUUCGACGAUAUUCGAAGACAAAUAUGUCUAAUGCUUGGACUUACUCUGAAGAAUUCGUCGAGGAUCGUUCCCAUUGCGGGAUUCCGAAGGCUACUUCACCUUGAUACGGAGGAGGACGCAGUCGGCUGGACAUCUCAUCUUAGAUGGAACCUUACGGCCGAUGGAUUUGUAGAGAUUCCACAUUCACGUCGGGAAGAAAUCCUUCUACCACCGAUAGCGACUGCUACCCCUUUUCCGAGACCAAAGUCACAGUUGGUCGACGCGAAGAGACCAGUUUUAAACUCUUCAACCGGCUUCUUCCCUGGCGCUAUCGACUCAUUGAUCACAAAGGCCGCCACCACGGACGCUCAACAACUGGCUCUUGCAUCUCUCCCACGGCAGCGGAGACCGAGAUUGAAGCCAACAACUUCAAUCCAAUAUCCUCUGGCUGGAAUUACUGUGCAACCUAAUUCUGUCUCGCCGUUUUCCUGGCCGCCACCGCAAGUCGUGCCCACAUCAAAGACUUCGAAUAUCGAAUCUUUCUCGGCACAGUCCAUGAAUCAUGCCACUCCGAAACCCGUCUCCAAUCCGUUCGGAACGAGACUUUCCGGGUCGGCUCAGCAAGUGCCUCCUCCAGCACCCCAAACAUACUCCGCGUUCGGCAUCGCCCGUGCUCAACCACAGACGGCUGUACGAAGUGCAUUCGGUGCUCUCCAGGAACAAUCGAAACCUCCAGCUCCUUUUCCUUCUUUCUCAUUCCCUAGCGCACCUCCCAAACCUUUCAUUCCGAUCGCAUCUACAACAAACGCAGCAGUGUUGCCUGCACCAUCGAGCUCAGUAUUUUCAUUCGCACCUACCCCCCAGAGGGCCGGAACACGAGCUCCUGAACCACCUCCCACAACCUUUGUGCCACCGGUCAUAUCAGGACCCCCGCCUUCCGCUGUUUUGCCUUCCGCUUUCCAGUCUAGUCAGACUUCGCUCUCACAAAUUCCGGCCACGGGCCCAGUUUCAACACCUCGACCUCCUUCACCAGCUGAGGAUGGUGCAGAUGACGAUCCCACGAUCCCUACAGUCCCGCAGCCCACUAUUACGUCCCCGAUUGCCAUUACUCGGUUGGAGCAGCCUCCCCAACAUCCUGAGGAGCAGGAGCGUCCUAAACCUCUAUCGUUUGCACCUUCUUUGUCGACUUCUUCCAGUUUCACUGGCCUCAUCACCGAUACCAACUCGGCCCUCACAAAGCAUGUAGUCCCAAGAGAGGGGCCCAGACGGCAUCUCUCAGAUGGCUAUGUCAGCGGAGAAUCGUCCAUAAGACCGCCAUCGACACGUGGCGACGAGCAGGAUAUUAUCGAGAGACCAAUCCAUGAACCAUUGUCGAAGACAGCGUCCCUUGUCUCGUCAGCAAACGACAGUGAUAUAAUUGACCUUGGUCCUUUUUCAGAGCACCGCAUCGAUUUGGAUCAGCUUCGUGGACAAGUGGAGGGAUACAAGUUCGAGAAGUCCGGACAGGGGUCAAGACCCACAAGACAUUUUGGAGAAAGCCGAAGAAAUGGCAACCCAGCUUCCAUUGGGUUCUCAUCUCGGGAACACUGGCGAACCAGCCAGAAGCCUGUCGCAAAGAAACGGAUCACCGAGGAACUUGACGCUACUCAAACCUUUAUGAUGGCCGAAAAGAAGGCAGACGAUCGCCUUCAAGUAUGGGCUCCCAAAACAUUUGCGAGACUCCUAACUCAAACAGCCAAACGACGUGCGCCUAACCGAGAGUUACCCCCCGGCUGGCAAAUUUGGGUCUCCUUUGUUCCUCACGGCAGUUCGUCUGCAGAAUGGCUAAAGAUAAAGCUCGCCGGUGAAGCAAAUGCGUCAGAUCUAUCACGUAUUAUUGCAGGUCCGGCACCCACCGAGGAUCAUGUAGCCGCUCCAGGCCUUUUGGUGCUUCACAUCGAGCCAGGAGAGUGGGAUGAAAACUUGAGAAGGGCUCAAGAGCUGAUAGAUUGUCUUCCGGAUGACAGCCCAUACGUGCCGGGUUUACUUCUUGUCAUGAUUGCACCUCGUGGCCACUCAAUGAUACCUCCAACGUGGAUAUCCAAACUUGAUAGGAUUGUCGAAUCUGUGGUACUGGAUAGACGUGCAGCAAUAUUCAAUGACAUGGACUCGGCUCACGGCCUCGAAGCGACCUUGAACACGCACCUCGAGGAGCUCAAGUUUGACGUGGAAGGCAGAGCACCUCGGCUUCCUCUGGGCGAUCUUGUGUCCGAGUACAUGAACUGGUGGAACGUAGAAUUUGAAUUUGGCUCCGAGCAGGCUCUCUAUCCAGACGUCGAUCUCGAUAUUACUCUUCUUGUCAUAUCUGUUUUGAUGUCAGGCCUCGAUGAAUUUCUUCGCCAGAUCUCGCUGCAGUGUACUACACCGACCGUCGGAGUGCCAUUCAACGAUUUCCAAUCUAGACGCAACCUCGAGGGUGCUUGUCUUGAACUUCUAGCCUAUCUAAAGAAGAUUGGUGGAAGCUUCCGUCGAUUUCCAACAACACCUGCAGCCAUUAUCCAAGACCCAGAAAUCAUCUUCCAGCUCGUUUCACGUAUCGCUUUUACUGUCAAGGCACUGGUACUCUUGCGAUCAGAUACGCUUCAACCGCGUCCAGGUCUCAAAAGACCGCUGCUGGAGAAACUCGGACGAGAGUUCAACGCGAAGCUCGAGAAAGAACUCAUAUCGGUCGACAGGUCAUCUCUCCGGUACAGUGCCCCAGCCAACAUAUCCUCAACACCAAUCGUGGCGUCAAAUCUGAAACGAAAGCGGCAAUCUAGUACCUAUACAAACGGGGUUGCAACAUCUUCUACCUCUGCAUUUGUUGGUCAGCCUACAAGUCCAAGUACAGCGGCGCCGAAACGCUCACGGAUUACGAUUGAAAAAAUUGCUCGCCCAGCAUCGCCGGUUCGGAUGUCAUUCAAAGUCCAGAUGGCAAAGGCUCGACUGGAUCUCAAAGUGGUACAGGCUGUCGACCUGGAGAAGUAUUCUGGAGAAGAUGAGCUUGCUGCCGCACGUGCAAAGGUUUUGAGCGCUCUAGCUCAGCCUCUUAUUGAAACUGUGUUGAAAGCGAGCAUACCUUCGGAACAGGACGUUAUUGAAUGCCGUGCUGCGAUUGAGCUCAUGGACGGCGUUCAGGAGCCCGUUCUGAAGCAUCUUAGCCAGAAUUUCGUUCUUGCGCGACUGAUAAAUAAACUUAGUGCGCUGAAUGAAUGGCCAGGCAGUGUGGAAUAUCGCGGACUUGUGUCCGCAGCCUCACGUUUGGCGGACCAUCUGGAUUAUUGA